CAGUUAUGGCUUUCUACAAAGUGAUCUGUUUGGCGACUCUGCUGACUCUCUUGACACAAGAGUCUCACUCACAACUAAAUGUGUGUGGUCGGCCUGUGCUUAACACCAAGAUUGUUGGAGGACAGGUGGCCUCUGCAGGCAGCUGGCCCUGGCAGGUCAGUCUGCGAACCUCUGGGUUCCACUUCUGUGGAGGAUCCCUCAUUAACAAUCAAUGGGUGCUGACUGCUGCUCACUGCUUCUACAGUCUCAACCCAAACGAUGUGGCUGUGGUUCUGGGUGUCCAGGCUCUACAGGGAUCAAACCCUAAUCAAGUGACUCGGACAAUAUCACAGACCAUAAUUAAUCCCAACUAUAACUCCAACACUCAUGACAACGACAUCUGCCUCCUGAAGCUCUCCUCACCAGUAACUUUUACCACCUACAUCCUGCCCGUCUGUCUGGCAGCCCCAGGCAGCACCUUCUACAAGGGGACUGAAGCCUGGGUCACUGGCUGGGGCAACAUUGCAAGUGAUGUGUCCCUUCCUUCCCCGGGAAACCUGAUGGAGGUGCAGGUGCCGAUUGUGGGGAACAGAGAGUGUAACUGUAACUAUGGAGUGGGCUCAAUCACUAGCAACAUGAUGUGCGCCGGGUUAAGUGCUGGAGGGAAGGACUCCUGUCAGGGGGAUUCAGGAGGUCCGAUGGUGAGCAAGCAGGGCGGUCGCUGGAUCCAGGAGGGAAUUGUCAGUUUUGGUAACGGCUGUGCCCUGCCUAAUUUCCCAGGAAUUUACACCCGAGUGUCCCAGUAUCAGUCCUGGAUCAACAGUCAGAUCACCAGCAACCAGCCAGGCUUCAUCACCUUCACGUCCAAUGGGACUGACGGUGACCUCAGCGUCACCUGUCCUGGCCUGCCACCACCUCCAACCACACGCACUUCCACCACCAUCACUCCAACGUCUUUAUUGUCUCUCUCCUCAGUGUGUGGUCGGCCUGUGCUCAACAACAAGAUUGUUGGAGGGCAGGUGGCCUCUGCAGGCAGCUGGCCCUGGCAGGUCAGUCUGCAAAUCUUUGGUUACCACUUCUGUGGAGGAACCCUCAUUAACAAUCAAUGGGUGCUGACUGCUGCUCACUGCUUCUACAGCACAGGCAUAACCACAAGCACUGUGACUGUGUCUCUGGGUCUCCAGAGUCUACAGGGAUCAAACCCCAAUCAAGUGUCUCGGACAGUAUCACAGAUCAUCAUUCAUCCCAACUUUAACUCUCGAACUUUUGACAACGACAUCUGCCUCCUGAAGCUCUCCUCACCGGUGAUUUUCACCACCUACAUUCAGCCCGUCUGCCUGGCAGCCACAGGCAGCACCUUCUACAAGGGGACUCUCUCCUGGGUCACCGGCUGGGGCGAUGUUGGAACUGGAGUGAACCUUCCUUCCCCAGGAAACCUGAUGGAGGUGCAGCUGCCGAUUGUGGGGAACAGACAGUGUAACUGUAACUACGGAGUGGGCUCAAUCACAAGCAACAUGAUGUGCGCCGGGUUAAGUGCUGGAGGAAAGGACUCCUGUCAGGGGGAUUCAGGAGGUCCGAUGGUGAGCAAGCAGAGCGGUCGCUGGAUCCAGGAGGGAGUCGUCAGUUUUGGAAGAGGCUGUGCCGAGCCUAAUUUCCCAGGAGUCUACACCCGAGUGUCCCAGUAUCAGUCCUGGAUCAACAGCCAGAUCACCAGCAACCAGCCAGGCUUCCUCACCUUCACGUCCACUGGGACUGACGGUGACCUCAACGCCACUUGUCCUGGCUUGCCAGCACCUCCAACCACCCCAUUUAAACAACUCUCACCCUAA